CUGUCGAGCUGCUGCUUUCCUCAGUCACUGCGCCGCUGACAGCUCCUCAUCACUCUCUCUCUCUUGUUGCUCUUUCCACAUUUUUGCUCUCUGACAUUUUCACCGGAUCCCUCACUCACUCCAGGUCACAAGCGCUGGGACCAAGCAGCAUAUCCGCAUCCGUCUCCUGGUCACAGAAGAGAUCUGAGAGAUUGCUAUUCACAUUUGAACCAAGAUGUCGCUGAAAGUCCAGACGAGCAACAUUACCAACAAAAAUGACCCCAAGUCUAUCAACUCACGUGUGUUUAUCGGCAACCUGAACACAGCGGUGGUGAAAAAGAGCGACGUAGAGACGAUCUUCUCCAAAUACGGCCGUGUGUUGGGCUGCUCGGUUCACAAAGGCUUCGCCUUCGUUCAGUACGCUAAUGAGAGACAAGCUCGAGGAGCCGUCAUUGGAGAAAAUGGACGUGUGCUUGCUGGACAAACCCUCGACAUUAACAUGGCAGGUGAACCCAAGCCCAACAGGCCUAAAGGACUAAAGAGAACUGCAGCAACAUUAUACAGCGGUUAUGAUUUGGACUAUGAUUACUACAGAGAUGACUUCUAUGACAGACUGUUUGAGUACCGAGGCAGAGUAUCUCCAGUGCCCAGAGCGGUUCCAGUAAAGCGUCCCCGUGUGGCAGUGCCGGUCGUCCGCAGGGUGAAGUCAUUACCUGUCAAACUCCUGACCAGAUCCACUAUCCUUCCCAACAGCUCUAUCAAACACAAGUUGAAAUCAACCGAGCUGCAAGCUAUCAAAUCAGAACUGACACAGAUCAAGACAAACAUCGACGCGCUGCUGGGACGCCUUGACCAGAUCACAGAGGACAAAUACUGUGCCACAGAGUUGCAGAAGGCAGAUGAAAUGAAGAGCGAACUGUCUCAGGACGAGUCAGGCUCAGAGUCAGAGGAACUGCAGCACAGUGAUGUGGAGGAGGGCGAGGAGCACACACACGAGGAUUGUGACGAAGACAUGGAAAACAAUCACAUAUCUGAAAUGGAUUCCAUUCUUCAAUAAAAGGGAGUUGGAUAACACUGUCGACUGGAAACUUUUUUAAUACACAGACUCAGCGGGAAGACAUUGAAACCAACAGG